UAAGUUUACAAUUUUUAGAUUAUCAUUUGUAAACUUUCAAAUAAUUGCUUGGUUGUUUAGAUUGUCACUUGUAAAUUUUCAAAAAAUUGCUUGGUUGUACUGUUUUUCCAUCUCUGUUCAUAUAUUUUACUUUUUAAACACAUUUCUUAUCUAAGGGCUAAACUCUGUGUCUAUGAUAAUUUUGUUAGGUUCCAAGAGGGUCUCAGAAUGGGAGGAGUAAUGCAGAUGAUCUCUGCUGAUCCUGAUCUGUUCAGAUCACUGUUUGUUAAAAGUAACAGGCAUUUAACUGCAUCCAUUGUAAAGGCGAUGAUGAUGGUCACUCGCUCAUCUACUGGCAGCAACAGAUUUUCUGUGGAAAACCGGCUCUUGUCAUACUGGUACGACUUCCUACAGGAUCUAGAAGAAGGUGAAUGUGCUAUCUCUUUAGAAGAUCUCCUCAUCUUCACCACUGGUUGUGAUCAUGAACCACCACUUGGCUUUUUUCCAAGGCCUACCAUCGAAUUCAAUCACCAAGAUCAAAUCUCAAUGUCCAUGCUUCCUCUAGCCAACACCUGUGGGAAUGUGCUAAAGCUACCAGUCGGUCAUUCCACAUAUGAAUCAUUCAGGGAAAACCUGGUUCUUGGUGUGCAAUGUUGUGGUGGUUUUGGAAUGGCAUAAUGUCAACUGCAUAUGUGACUAUAGGACAGCAGUUUUUAUAACCCUCAUUCUACAGGUAGUGAAAUAAUUAUAAUAAUUUGAGCCUCUCCAUGCUAAGUGUUGAAAUCUUGUAUUUUGACUACUUUUAUUUGACUACUGUAUUUCAGUUAAAUUCUUG